AUGCCCCUUCCUUCCUUACACCCUCUACCAGCAAACCCCACCACCGGUCAACAACCUUUCACCACCACCUUGGGAUCGAGGGGUAUAAGUGCUGUAGCUCCGGCGAGUGGAUCAAGUGGAGGAGUCAAUAGGGAGACGUUGAAGUCGUUGCAGGAUGUCUACUGGAGUGAUGAUGAGGACGACCCCGAUUGUCUGCUUUGUGCGGAACCGUUAGAUUUGUCGGAUCUGAAUUUCAAACCAUGUCAAUGUGGUAUGCAGAUCUGUCAAUUCUGUUAUAACAAGCUUCUAGGUUCAGAUGCACGUUGUCCAGGUUGUAGAAGACCGUAUGAUGCGAAAGCGGUGGUAUUCCAGCCUGUGGAUUGGGAAGAGGUGAAACGUGCAAAGGAGAGGAAGACGAAGAGGGCAAGGACGAUAAAGCAGCUCACGACCAUGGGUAGAAGGCAUUUACUCGGAGUUAGGAUAGUAAUGAAGAAUAUGGUCUACGUGAUAGGGAUGAAGCUGCCUGCACCGGGUGACGAGGCCAUACCGAUAUUACGGUCGAAUGAUUAUUUCGGUCAAUACGGUAAAAUAUCCAAAAUCUACUUGGGUGAUCGAACGAAAUUAUCUUCUUCGGCAGUCCCAACAUUGACAGAGGAUGAUCCGUCAACCUCCACUGGGAUAUAUAUAGUCUACGUUCGGAGGGAAGACGCGGCGAGAGCUAUAGCUUCUUUAGAUGGUAUACCUGCACCUCAAGGUCCACCAGGCUCAGUGUUAAAGGCGACAUAUGGCACAACACGUUACUGCGAAUCUUUCCUCAAGAGUCAGAAGUGUGAUACACCCAAUUGUCAUUGUUUGCAUGAGUGGGGAGGUGAUAGUGAUUGUUUCACUAAGGAGGACAUGGAGACUGCGUUGAUCAGGCCUGCCGAGUACGAUGCCCGACAAAAACAAACGAUCGUAUCGGCUGCUCCUCAACCCCCUUCACUAUCUUCGAAAACGGCUUGGCCGAAACCUUCUUCAGACGAUGUCAACGGAUCUUCAACUGGUCUACCAAGUGCAGCUAGUUGGGGCAAAGGAAUCACGGUUAAGACAACUAGAGCAAGUACUGCUAAUCCAAUCGCUCGACCCACCAAGAUUGGUAACUUCGUUCCUCUUGGUAAAAGCAACGCUGCCUUUCCUCUUCCCACUCCUUCGCCUACGAUACCGAUCAUCGUCAAGGAGAAGAAGGAACGAAAGUCUCAAGCUAUGGCUCGUGGAAAGAGUACCGAUUCGUCACAAAGUGCUGCUACCGGUAGUGCCCAAACAUCUCCCAAGAAGAAACCUGCCACUUUACCAUCCCUCACGUCGACUAAGUCUGCUUCAUCUGCUCCUCCACCACCUCCCGGGUUGCCUAUCUCCGCUUCGACGUCAACCGCUGCUGCUUCUGAGCCUAUCCUAGACGAGUUCAUGGAUGAACAAGCAUCGGCGGACUCGGAUGCCGGACCAUCGUCUUCCUCGCCCGCACCUCAAACACCCGCUCGAUCUACCGAAUCCAUACCUCCAGAACCACUGUCCACCGAACCUAUCCCUAUCCACUCACCGUAUCCAGAACCUGUCAUCUUCUCGUUCCCAGCGCACGACAAGGAUUUCGCUUUUGUCCUUGGUUUGGAUGAUUCGGAAUUGCAAAGAAGAUAUGCUCAAGCUGGAGGAUACGAGCCUAGUCCAUUUAGCAAGACUUUGGAAGGUCUAGCUGAACUCGGUGUACAUGCCCCCGAAUUACCUGAUCUUUUCGAUGCUCCGUCCAGAAGAGGUUCAUUAGGUUACAAUGGACUGUUUAGACCGUUCGAUCCGUCGGAAGAGGAUGACUCACCUGCGAUAUCGGAUAGUACACCCGGACCCUCACGCAUUAGGGGCGAAGAUCAUAAUGCUCAACGAACAGAAUCUCGAUUCGGUUUUGCCAGACCUUCCUCCAGUAAUUCCAGAGGUCAAAGUCCAUUUAGCAAUAUGAGAAGAAGUGUAGCUGAACAAUCUGGUUUAAGGGAUGGAUGGUACACCCGUCAACAACAGCACGAUGAUACUUUUUCACCUCAUCCUCAUCAUCAACAAAACGAUCCUAGAACAGCUGCAUUGGCUGCUCAAGUGGCAUCCUUCGUUGGAAGUUACGAUUCUUCUGUUGGUGGCAAUGAAACUAACUGGACUGGUGGUGCGGGUGCAGGUGCAGGAGCUGAAUCGGUAUAUUCGAAUUCGCCUUCUCAUCAACGUCAGUUGGGUCUACAGCAACAACAGCAACAAGGUGGAUAUGAGAGGAAUAGACUGGAUCAUGGUGGUUUAGUUCAAGGUGGUAAUGCGUUCUUGCAACUGAAAGGUUUAGGUAGAUCGGAUAGGGAAGAAUAUGAGCCUCCGGUAUUACAGUACGGUACUACUCAAAUCUAUUCUAAUCCCGCUCAUUCUCAACAGCCACAACCUCAACAACAGAGAACGUUAUUCUCACCUGAAUCUAAUUCCGUUCAUGAAGAUAACGCAUACCAAUCACCCCUUUCCUUCGGUCAACAACAUCAACAUCCCGAUGCGAGACAGCUGAUGGCUUUACAUCAUUCCAGAGGAUCCCCCACACCUCUUGCUGCUCAUGCUUAUCGAAGAUAUUAG